ACUUGUGUGGACAAAGAAUCUAGUCAUGAGUUUCAGAUAGUUGAUGAGGAGUUUGCUGUCUACCUGGACCAUUAUAUUCCAUUUGUCACCACCAUCCAACAGACUAGCAUUCCAUUUCAAUAUCAAACUGGAGUUUGAGAGAUAUGAAAAAUGGUAGCAACUAUUUCCAGGGAGGACCUAAUAACAGACCCUCCAAGCUUCCAUGUGAUGGAACCAUGAGGGUAGUUUGCCCAUGAUGGCUUCUAGCUCAUGGAGACUUGCAGGCCAUAGUUUUACUUUAAGGCUCAAGCCUCCAAUCUCUGCAGAUUAAUUAAACUCUAGAAGUAUUGCCCAUAUGAAAACUGAGAGCAGGCCUAACGGUCUGGAAAUAUUAGAAAAAAGUGAGUUUUUGUUACUUUGCCUGCCUGUUCUAAUGACAAAAUAGUAGAGAUGGCUGUCUUCCCUGCCCGAUGGUGAGACUGCACCAUCCACUUUCACUGGAUUCCCUGUGAAUUCAUCAAGUUUUAAGCUUCUUUUGGUCACCUACAAGACCCUUCACAACUUUGCCCCUCUUUGCUUUUCCUUUUCUGUCUCAUAGCCCCCUGCCUCCUCCACUAUGCCAAUGCCUUGGCUGUCAGUUUGUCACUGUGCUUGUUACCAUACUUCCUUCUCCUUCUUCAAAUCCCGCCUCAAGAACCACUUCUGCUGUGGUGCCUACAAGAAAUCAUCCAACUAGUAAAAGUUUGGUUUUGUGUCAGGUGGGUUUAGAUGAUUGUAGGUACAUUUAAAAAAAGAGAGCGAACCAUGAAUCUGUGCAAUACCUAUGUCCCACAUGAUCUUAUUUUCACUACCCUUGUUCACUCUCAUUCCUUUUUCUCCUCGUUUAUCAGUCUCACUUUUUAUAUCUUGUUCUCUCACAAACAUCACUGAAACUGCAAUUAAAACUAGAGGCUAACAUUACGGGUUGUGCAUGUAGCAGCAUGUUUUGUGAACUCAAUUUAAAGUACAACUUUUUGGACAGAUAGCUCAUUGUUUUAAAUCCCAGAAUUCCUUUUUCCAAAGAGAUCACUCCCUACAAAACGAUUUAGUUUUUAGCCCCACCCUUCAAAUGUCAGUUAUCUAGCUCCCAGUUCAGAGAACCAUCUGCAGAAACUCCGGGAACACAGGAAGAGAAGAAUUUUCAAACCCUUGUGAAGCAAGAACAAUAUUUUAACUACAGUGGCUUGUUAAAUCUUGUUUUGUCUAACGUUCGUGGCAGUGGGACUACACAAGGCAAUAUUGGCUCUCUCUGUUAUCAUGCUGCUCUUUGAGGCAGGAAUGUCCUCAUCCUCCUCAGGCUUGGAGAAUCAGAUCUUCCAAUACAUUGAUCUUCAUCAAAAUGAAUUUAUUCAGACCCUUAAGGAAUGGGUAGCAGUGGAGAGUGAUUCUAUUCAACCGGGGCUAAGACAAGAAGUAAUACGAAUGGUGGAAUUAACAGCAGACAGGCUUCGAGCUUUGGGAGCCACUGUUGAGUUAGUGAAGUUGGGCUCCCACAAGCUGUCUGAUGGCCAGAGCCUUCUGUUGCCUCCUCUAAUUCUAGCAGAACUUGGUAAAGAUCCACAAAAACCCACUGUAUGUUUCUAUGGACAUGUGGAUGUACAACCUGCCAAAAAAGAAGAUGGAUGGAAAACUGACCCCUACACACUGACUGAAAUUGAUGGAAAUCUUUAUGGGCGUGGAGCAACAGAUAACAAAGGACCUGUCUUGGCCUGGAUAAAUGCAGUGGAAUCAUUCAGAGCACUAAAAUUAGACAUACCAGUAAACCUCAAGUUCAUUAUUGAAGGUAUGGAAGAAGCAGGAUCUCUUGGACUAGAGGAAAUAAUUAAGAAAGAAAAUCAGCGUUUUUUCUCUGAUGUUGACUUUAUUGUGAUUUCGGAUAACCUUUGGCUUAGCAACAGGAAACCAGCCCUCACGUAUGGGACUCGGGGAAACAUCUGCUUCUCUGUGGAGGUACGGUGUGGGGAGAGAGAUCUUCAUUCAGGAAGUUUUGGAGGCAUCAUUCAUGAACCAAUGACUGACCUAAUAGCUCUGCUUGAUAGCCUUGUGGAUACAUCAGGUCGUAUUUUGAUCCCUGGAGUCUAUGAUGAUGUUGCUUCCCUAUUGGAAGAGGAGAAGAAGUUGUAUGAAGCAAUUGAAUUUGAUAUAGAGGAACAUAAAAAUAAUAGUGGUGUGAAAAAAUUCCUAUAUGACACUAAGGAGGAAAUACUUAUGCACCUGUGGCGUUACCCCUCUCUCUCUAUUCAUGGGAUUGAAGGAGCUUUUCACGAACCAGGAAUAAAAACAGUUAUACCCGCAAGAGUAAUAGGAAAAUUUUCAAUCCGGCAAGUCCCUCACAUGGACAUUUCAAUCGGAGAACAUCAGGUGAUAAAAUAUUUAGAGGAUGUAUUCUCUAAGAGAAACAGCCCAAACAAACUGAAGGUGUCUGUGCCAAUAAGUGCAAUGCCAUGGCUUGCUAACAUAAAUGAUCCUCUUUAUACAGCAGCAAGAAAGGCAAUCAAAACAGUUUUUGGACAAGAUCCAGAAAUGAUCCGGGAUGGCUCAACAAUUCCUAUUGCCCAAACGUUCCAGAAUAUAACAAGGAAGAGUGUGAUGAUGCUUCCAGUUGGAGCAGCUGAUGAUGGGGAGCAUUCCCAAAAAGAGAAAAUAAGCAGGCACAAUUACAUUCAAGGAACAAAACUGUUUGCAACCCUUUUCUUGGAGAUUGCAAAACUGCCUGGAAAGUUACAGGAAACGUCCAACACGACGACUACAAACUGAUGGAUCCUGGCAAAACAAUAAGCUAGACUCCUGCCUAUUGUCUUAAAUAUUCUAACCUCCUUCUUUAUUACUCUGGAGAAACAUGUACAAACAAUAAAAUAGUUAGAUGUA